AUGGCGUGGUUUGCAAAAUUCAGUACUACAAUUGGAGAUUUUGGAUUUACUUCAAGCUCAUAUGAUUCCAGUCUUUUUAUCCGCAAGACUGACUCUGGUAUUACUCUUCUUUUGCUUUAUGUUGAUGACAUGAUAAUCACUGGAAAUGAUCUUGCAGGUAUCUCUGCACUCAAAAAUUUUCUUUGUCAUCACUUUGAUAUGAAGGAUCUUGGGCGCCUCAGUUAUUACCUAGGCUUAGAGAUUCUCUUUGAUUCAGAUGGCUAUUAUCUCUCCCAAGCCAAGUAUUGCUCAGACAUUCUUGCUCGUGCUAGACUUACAGAUUGCAAGACAGCUCCCACUCCCAUUGAAACCAGUGUCAAGCUCACUCCUCUAGAUGGUGCACUCCUCAAUGAUGCUACAUUGUAUCGACAGUUGUUCUUAUCUGCACCUCGAUUUACCCACUAUACUGUUGUACCACGCAUCAUUCGAUACAUUAAAAGGACUAUGUUUCAGGGCCUUCACUUUUCUUCUCACUCUUCACUUGAGUUACGUGCCUACUCUAAUGCUGAUUGGGCAGGUGAUCUGACUGACCGACGUUCCACUAUUGGCUACUGCUUCUUCCUUGGGAACUUUCUCAUUUCUUGGUGCAGCAAAAAGCAAUCUGUCUUCUCCUGGUCCAGUACAGAGGCUGAAUAUCGUGCCCUUGCUGAUUCCACAUAA